UCUAUCUCCAGCUUUCUUCCUCUUCCUUUUGCUUGCUUUUGAACAUUUUAGUUCUUUGGGCGGUGCAUUUAUGAUAAAAACCAGUGGAAUAAGAAGGAAAUAUUUUUUUUUUGGAAAAAAACAGUUAUUUGUUGUUAAAUCUUUCAAAAGAUGGAAAGUUUUCAGACCAUUAUCGUCAUUACAACACAUCUGAUGAUGCUACUGAGUUCACCAGCUUCAGCAGCAGACAGUAUCGCCGCCGCUUCGAAUGCCACAUCCUCAAAGUACCAGAUCGAGUGCACCAUGUGUUCCUCGUGCGAAAAUCCAUGUCAGCAAGUCCCGUCGAAGCCGCCACCGCCUCCGUCGCCGCCACCGCCUGCGGUUCCCAACCCUAACUACUGCCCUCCACCACCUUCUCCACCCAGUUCUAGCGGAGGUGGAAACUACUACUACUCUCCACCUCCGCCAUCCCAAUCCAGCGGCGGAAACGACUACUACGCUCCACCUCCACCAAGUGGCGGCGGCAUCGGCGGCACGUAUUACCCUCCGCCCACGUACAAAAACUACCCGACGCCGCCGCCUCCGAAUCCUAUCGUCCCUUACUUCCCUUUCUACUACCACAUUCCGCCGCCGCCGUCAGGGGCUCAGAAUUUGUCGGCGUAUUGGAUUUCCACCUUGAUUUCUGUUCUGGGUCUUUUCCUCUUCUUCUUUUAGAUAUUAAAAACUAGAUGGAAAAUAAUGUGGCAGAUUGACAGAUCUGAGGAAAAUUUUCUGCAGCUGAGAGAAAAUGGAAGAAAAUAUGAGCAAAGAAGGCAUUUGCAAAGGAUGAAGAACAUGGGGUAAUAAUCUUUCUUUUCUCUCUUCUAUUUUCUUUUUCAUGCUGUAGAUUGAUUAUGUAAUUUGGUUCUUAUGAUUAACUUUUUGUAUCUAUUUUUGGUUCAAUUAGUGUUAAUUGCAAACUAAUAA